GAUAGCUCCCUCCUAUUCCCCACCCCUUUAUUUGUGUCUCAAAGCUUCUGGUUAGACUCUGCUUCUGUCAGAACAAGCGCAGGAACUGAGGAGAGAGGUUUGUCGCAGGAGCCAGUAGGGUUAGGAGGGAGAAUCUGCAUCAGACUGGGGGUGAGACCAUAUUAGACAGGGAUGCUGGUCAUCAGUCCUGAGAUGCUCUGAUACAUGUUGCAAGAUAACCAGAGGACAGCUUCACUUGUUCAGAGAUCACAAGUACAUCUGGUGAGUAUUGAACUGAACAUUUCAAUAUAUAGAACCAUGAAGCUUUCAACAUUCUCUGCUGUUUGUAAAAUUGAUACACACAGUGAAUGACAAUAUUAUAUUGUAUAAAGAGACCUUUCUCAGGUAUCUAAUAUUGUUUGUUACACCUGCUUGAAAAUGAUUUAUUAUUUAAGGAUUUCACACCCCUGCUGCACACUGGGUUUACGAUGGGUGAAGCAAUUUGACAUACUAAUACACUUGUGGAGUUAUUCAAUAAAAAGUAAAUUGACAUUUGCAAUGUAUUUAUUAAUUCAAAAUAAUGGGGACUGAUCUGGAGAUUUCCCCCAAAAUAGUUGAACAUGUUGUGGUUUGAAUUUUUAAAUUUGAUUAUCAGCUCUCCAAAGUGUACUGCUUAGUGACUCAAACCUUUAGGGAGCAAGUGAUCUGAGAAGGCAUUUUAUAGCUCCAAUUCUGAUGAGCGUUACCACUUCUGUAAAUCCUGAGCAUAGUGUGAAUAGUAGUUCAUGGGAAUUGUAGUCACUGAGCAACAUUUUAUUCGCAGGAAAAUGAUAACUAGUUAUAUUUAUCAUUUGUCCUACCAAUGACACGUUUCUAUAGUAAAUUGUCAUAGAAUUAUAUAUUAGAAAAUAGAGAUAACAUCCAUUUUUUACAUGCUAUAUUUUACUGCGAUAUGUGCACUUAUCUUGGGUUUUUAGCUCAGAAUUUUCCGUUAAAGCCUGUGGUCAUGUCUAAUCAUACUCUAUCUCCAGACAUAGAAUCCACCCACUAAUGGAUUUCUAUCCAAACCACAGAAGAAUUUCAAUCUGGUCAGUUCACAAGUUCUAGGCAUUUCUGAAUAUUUUAAACGGCCAUAUCCGGACCGUCAUAAUUAACUCUAAUAUUAUAGAGAGAUUGGAGGUAGGAUAUAGAAUAUGCUAUUCCAUUUACACCAUGAUGUGGGCUCCUAUUUAUUUCAUCAUCAUUUAAAUUUGUUGUUGUUUAGUUAUCACUUAUUUUUUUCAUUUUUUAAAAUAUUAAUGUUAAAGUUUAUGAAAAAUAAACCAAAGACAACUACCUUCAUCAGCAGAAAUUUUUAGUUUAAAAGAAAACUAUAGUCACCAAAACAACUACAGCUUAAGGUAUAUGUUCUGGUGAGUAUAAUAAAUUCCUUCAGGCUUUUUGCUGUAAACACUGUCUUUUCAGAGAAAAUGCUGUGUUUACAUCCUAGUGAUAACUUCACUGACCACUCCUUAGAUGGCUGCUAUAGGUGCUUCCUGGGGUAGUGCUGCACAGUGAGCAGCAUUGCCAUUCAGUGUCUCCACCCUCUGCAUGCAGACACUGAUGCAGACACUGAUGCUGAUUGGCCAGAGAUGUGUUUGGCUUGUGCUGGCUCUGCCCCUGAUCUGCCUACUUGACAGUCUCAGCCAAUCCUUUGUGAAAGCUUUGUGAUUGUGUCAGAACAACACUUCUGAUGAUGUUAGCCAAGCAGGCAGAUCAGGGGCAGAGCCAGCAGCUGCAGACUUGAACAAAAGUAAGAUUUUACUAUAUCUAGGGACUCAAGGGGGGAUUAGGGGUGCUAGAUGGUGGUUAAAACACCAUAGGAUCAGGUAUACAUGCUUGUGUUCAUGACCCUAUAGUGUUCCUUUAACAAUCUAACCACUGAAAGAGUGCUACUGCAUCAAUAUCUGGGUGCCAUAGGUUGAUGCCCCUGGUUUCAGUCGCUUUCCGCUCUAGAGGAUUUUGAGAUUCUACAACUGGAGUGCCAAAAGUCAGUAAUUAUUAAUUGUUUUGAGGAAACCACCAACAUAAUUCACAGUGCAGUACAAUUGGUAAACAAAAUAUACAAGUUUAUAAUGAUAAAUUUGGGUGACUUUGAGGUGUGUGAAAGAUUGACCUGGUCACUUUAACAACUUGCACUGGACUCCGGUUCAACUCCUCUACAAGAGAGCUUUUAUAACCAUGUUUUCCCCUCCAUGUUGUGCCAGGACUUUACCGGACAUAAGGGAGCCUAGCUUUUUGGCCCAGCUAGCCCCCACAGGUUUUCAAGACACUCCUUGGGCUGACAGGAACACAGAGUCAUGAUAAAGCUGUACACAAGAUUGGGAGAAUGCCACAAUCUGGUUAAACUUCUAGUGCAUGGGUCCUCAAACUCCGGCCCCCCCACAUGUUGCUAAACUACAACUCCCAUGAUUCUCUAGCUAUCUAUGUAAUUCAAAGAAUCAUGGGAGUUGUAGUUCAGCAACAUCUGCGGGGCCGGAAUUUGAGGGCCCAUGGUGUAUUGGGUAUUGCUCGGUACCAGGACCUCUGACCUAAGCGCUAUUUGGAGCAGAGGUCAGGGAAGUGAUGACGCAUCCAGCGACGCCAACGACUUGAAGGAGCUCUCUUUUACAGGGCUCCAAGAAGCCGAUAUUUGAGACCAUGACAUGGAACAAAACAAUCUGGAACUCUGUGUCAUAUUAGAGGAUGGUCGAUGCCCAGCCAACUUGCAACUGGUAAUUACUCAGCCUAGACACCUUCGACCCGAUCACUUUUUGGACAGCUUGAACCUCUAAACCACAACUCUUCAGGGAUGUAUAGCUUUGGGGAUAACUUAUUGGAACUCUGUUUUGGGGACAAUGUUCUAAUGUGUCCUGGUGUCUAGUUUUUAAUUCAGUUAUCCUGCCUUUGAUUGAAUUAUGACCCAGACACCAAGGUGCCGGGGUGGGAUUGCAUUGUUUGGUUUGAUGACUCACUACUCUAGCUGAUCUGAUCCAGAGGGGAAAUUUUAAUACCUGGCAGAGAUACUCAGUCUGUGUAUAGGAGCUCUGGCACAAGGUGUUUAAAACCUUGUUCAAUGAGCUUACACCCUGAAUAUAGAAGUAAGGGAUAGCCACACAACUGGACAGAACAGAACUAAUUUUAUUUAGUUCACUCGGGAACAUUAUAAUUGUAUUGCACAGCAAUCAAAAUUAGCCAAACUGUUACUAUAGCAGAGUUGGAGAUUUUUUCCAAUUCGGCCGUCUAAAAGAUCCAGUCUAAAUGAUGCUGUAUGAUUUUCAUUUUGUAAGAAAAUUCAGAAGCUAAAAGGCACUGUUUCCCUUAAGGGCUGCUAAUGGGCAGAUAAUUUACAUUUUAUUGAACAGCGAAACCAGUUUUCCAUAAGAGUCCAUUAACCUUACAACAAUUUGGGGGGAUUUGAGAGCCACCUGGCAUAUGGGCCCUGGCUUCUCUCUCAAAAGGUAGGGAGGAUGGGUAAACAUAAAUAAAAACAAUUUUUAAAAAAUAAUAAUUUGUGAGUGUGUGUAAGAGAAUGAGUAUGUGUCUGUCAGUGAAGGUGUGUCUGUCAGUGAAUAUGUGUGUCUGUCAGUGUGUGUCAAAUCAGUGAGUGUGUCUGUCUUUAAGUGUGUGUGUUAGUCAUUGAAUAUGUGUGUCUGUCAGUGUGUGUCAAUUCAGUGAGUGUGUCUGUCAGUGUCCUCUGUAUUUAAGAGUGAGUGUGUGUCAAUAUCCUCUGUGUGUAACAAUUACAUUUUCAUUUUGUGACUUUUAUACUUCAGAUUAAUAUUUCAUACACUCCUCCUUACAUACACAAUAUUCACAUUAUGUCUUAUUUAUUUGAAUAAUAUUCUUUACUGCCUUUAAUCAGGCUUGCUCUCCAAUAUGGACUAAACUUAACUAUAAGUGUCUACACCUUUUAUUUUAAAUUUAAAUCAAUAGAAAUUACUUUUUCAAAGGCGGAGGUUCUUGGGAAUUUUGGUUUAGACCUGCAGGCACCAACUGAUGUAGAACAACAAAUUGUACCUUGUCAGUCUUUUAACUGGUGAAGCAUUAUGGGGGUUGUAGUUCUUCAAGAGCUGGGGUGAUCUACCUGCAAUUUCUGCCGUGUUGCUCUCAAUCUUUAAAUGUGGAGCAAUCACCAUGGAAACCAAUAUAAUGCUCCUACUGAAAACUCUACUUUUAGAAUGUUGAAUACGUAAUCCUCGUUGUGACCUGUAAGAGACUAUACUUUGUGGGCAUUUCAGAUCAGGAACAAAACGUUAUUGUGCAUUUGUAAAAUAUUACAGAAGUAAAAAAAAAAAAUAACUGACAAUGUCUGCUAACAUAUGAUAACUGAAUAGAAUAAAUAAAUAAAUACAUUAAAUCUCAAGCUGCUUUCAUUUCCUUCCUUUUUUAAUUGAUUGUAGCAGACCUUUGGAUCCUGUUUCCCUUGUAGGCGUCGAACAAUGACAGCAUCUGUUUAGUAUAUGUGUUGUACUUUGACACUUUCCCUUUAAAAAAGAUUUUAUAACCUAAAGCAAAUUCUACUAACUUAAAUGCCAGAUAUCUAUAGCAGUGGAACGGUGGUAAUGUAAUGUUAUGAGAAGCUAUUUUUGGAUUGUCCAUGCUCUGGGAAAAUUCUUCGAGAUAAGUGUUUAUUUGAAUUCUGUCAACACUGUUCGAGCAGUUUAUUAUGUAUUUCUUUUAUCUAAAUAUUACUCGUUAUUUGUGAUUCUGCUUUGAGGUCCUCCUUCAGCUUCAGCAUUCUUCUUGUGGAGGUGAAAAACACCAUUAUAUAUACGUACACCCAAAUAAAAACAUCUGAGAGCAAGAGAGAGUCUGGAAAACUGGAACCUACUGUAUUAUUUACAUAUCCAUACAAGUAUAUUGUGCGCUUGCUAUCACAGUUGAUACGGAAUGCAAUUCCUAGCACCUUUAGGCAAACAUUGACCCAUAAAUACACAUAAACACUACCCAGACCAACAUACACACGCAAAAACACCCAGGUUGACACCAGAGAGGCAUUAAGAUCCCACAGGGCCUUAGGUAGGUCAACAAUUUGGCCUCCCUCUUCAUUCUUCACAUAAGGAUUGUAAAUGUGGCCAGGUAAAUUUAUGAUUCCAAGGUCCCUGUCUAACCUUUGGGCCCCAGAUGUUCUGUAGAUAGGCAGUGUGUGCAGUGUAAGGCUCCCCCCCCCCUCCUCUCAGGUAGAUCCCAUGCCCUCAUUAAGGAUCUACCUGAGGGGGUGGAGGGUAGAGAAGCACAAAUUGCCUAUCUACAAAGCACCUGGGCGGUCCGCAGCCCCCAGGAUCCGCGCUUUCGCCUAGGGUCACCUUGUUGUUGAUGCUGCUCUGAUUGACACAGACUGAAUUACUUAGACUGAGAUGUUGAAAAACACACAUACUAGCACACAGACUGAACCCACUAUGAUACUCACUGACACACAAACUAGCACUCCCACCACACAGAAAAUGAGGCUGUGUGAAGAUGGCAGUAAACAUAUAUUAAGUGACAUUUAUACCCACCUACAGCUGGAGAAAGGAGAAUGGCUGAGGCACUGCAUACAUUCAGCAUAUUUAAUGUACCUUAAAUGAGCGUCAAAAUAGCAUUGCUCUGUGUGUGGACUACACUCCUUCCCCAUUUGUGGAUUUGCAGGGCAGCUAGCUCCUUAAAUAAUAAAUUAAACAAUUUAUGAGGAAUAUGUCAUCUCUGUGAAUUUUAGGGUUUGGAAACAGAAUCUGCCUGUUUAAAUAACAGAUCAUAUAACACACACAUAUUUAUAUACCCAUAAUAUUUAUAAAUGUCUGUGUGGUAUACAUGAUCUAUACAGAGUGCACACAUACACACACACGUUUAUAUAUCUAUAAUCAGAGGCGUAACUAGAAAAUUGCCUUGGGGCUCCCUCAUAUGUCUACCCCUCGCCGCCACCCCCUCCCCCAUAAGUUCCCACACACACAUGCAGACAAACAGAUACACAUGCAGACACACACAUACACACACACACAGAGACCCACACAGACAGAUACACACACAUACAUACAGACACACACACACAUACAUACAGACAGACACACAGAUAGACAGACCCACACACAUACAGAGAAACAUUCAUACAGACACACAUACACAAACACACACAUAUACAGACACCUACAAACAGACACACAUACAAAAUGUUUUAGUCACCCUCCUGUUUCCUAUCUUUUAGGUGCAGAAGGGUUACUCUCCCUGGGGUCCAGUGGUUCAGCCUGAUGGGAGUCAGAGUUUCCACUCUGACUCCCUCUUCUCCUUCCUCUUUCUGCUUGGUUGAUGGGAAGAAGUGACCGGGGCUGUCACUUCCUCCCAGCAUCUGACAUCAUAACAGGAGGCAGCGCCGCAACGCUGACCGGGCCCCCUGGAAAUUCAUUGCCAUCGGGAGGCCCUAACAGCAUGGGCCACCGGAAGGAGCCCCUUUAAUGCGGCCCCGGCGGUUAUACCGCGCAGGCUGGGACCCACCCAGUCUCAAUUCCUUAAAAAAAUAAAAUAAAUCACUAAAAACUCGCUUCUCUAAAAAGGUAGAUAACAGCUUCCCCUUCCCACACUUCACUAACCCACCUUGCUUCCUCGCCUGCUGCGGUGUCAUCUAACGCAUAAAAUUUUUAUAAAGACGUACCACAGAACCUACUCUUUCCAUACAUGAAAUGCAUCUCUCCAUAACCUCUUGUGUCACUUUACCCCACCCCCCUUAAAAUGUAAGCUUGUGUGAGCAGGACCCUUCAGCACCUUCUGUUCCUGUGCGUCCAACUUGUCUUGUUGCAACUACUUGUUUGUUAGUCCACCUGUUGCACAGCGCUGUGGAAUAUGUUGGUGACUUAUAAAUAGUUAUAAUACAUACAGAUCAACAGAGACACUAUGGUAGGGAUAUGUAGUAGGCUAGUUAGAAUUCAUUAUUUUCACAUGGAUGAUUAAAAUGCUCUUAAUAGCGUUAAUGUAGGUUAAAAAUGAUCAUUUGACUUAUAUUACAAAAUGUUUUGUUUUUUUUAAAUAAUUCACUUCAUAAUUAUAAUAAAUAUUUUUAAUAAUAAUGUACAGCUGAACAUUCUAGAUUUCUAAUCAUUUUUCUGUGUCUUUUACUUAGGUUGGAGUAUCGGUAUACUUUCUAAACACAUUCUCCAGUACAAAGCACUGUCUUCUUAUAAUCCCGCCAGUGUGCUAACACAAGACACCGUCCUCCCCAGCUGUAAAUGGGGAUUGUAUAGUGCACCAGUAUUGCCUGAUCACUCUCUCUGAGGAUGGAGAUGCUACGACGCUCCUCUGUCUUUGCUGCUGAAGUUUUUGAGGCCUUUGACAGAUUUCCCACCGAUAAAGAACUUGUUUCACAGGGAAAGGCGCUAUGUAGAGACUUUAUACAGGCCCGGCUUCAACGAGCUGGUCUGGGAUGGAGCAAGCAGGAGCAUGGGAUGUCCUCCACGUCUGCAGGACGUAUGUCUGAAGUAUCAGCCACUUUCUUAAGAUUGGGUUAGUAUCGAUAGAUAAUAUCUAUUUGAUUUCUCUGUUUUACCCAUAUUCUUUUUAUAUUCCUAAAGGAAACAGUUCCUUUGUAUGUGAUUUUGAAGAUAUUAAAAAAUAUUGGAUUGCUUGACACAUAGCUGUAUAACAGAUUUCACUUAUAUUAGCACUUAAUUAUCCUGGCACUGUAAAUCUGUGUGGUCCACAUGGUGUAGGAUAAUGUUGGGCAAACACUUGCAACACGGCAUCCAAACUUAAACUGACAAUAAAUUUCGUUUUUUGGAGAACUAGAAAAUGUGUCUCUUUCUUGAGGUCCAUAUAGUCAGUCAACGUGGCGGUUAAUGCAUUUCUUUGAGGUCCCAAGAUUUUGGAUGUGAAGGAGCAAGCUAAUUACUGUAAAUUACAGUAUAAUGUGAUCAUAAUCAGGUUGUCUGAUAUUGAUUCGUAGUGCCAACAGUAUAUAGAAGGCAAACCAGCAUGGACUUUUUGGGAGAGUUUAUUGUAAAUAGCACAACCAUAAGUGUCACAAAACACUGAUAAGUGACAAGUGGUUUCUUAGCCAACAGCUUUAGGAGAGUGAUAACUGUGCACAGGAUGUGACAAGCUGUACUGUACAUAGCCACCCACGGUGUCAAAAUGGCAGGCUUUAUUCUGAAACAUCUGGCAUUUCCGAGUAACAGUCUCUUUAUUAAGAUAUCUUUUUUUUUCUUGGUUACAAAGUAUUCCCAGAAAUAUCUUCCUCCUGUUUUCAUGUCCAGUAAUAUGUAUGCGACAAGUCAGUUUUUAUAGAAUUACUAAUUUAAGGAGUUUCUUCAAUAAAAAAAAAAAAAAAAAUGGGAGUAUAUAUGCCUAAUGAUACAUGCAGCUGCCAAAUAUGAUUCAUCCAAAUUAAUUUACAUUUAUUUCAGUGUCACCAAGAGAACCAUUCAUUUAUAAGCAUCAGAAUGGUUUAGAGGACAAAUCAAAUCAUGAGCAGAUGUCCUGAAUAUUGAUUAGUGAAAAUGAAAAUAUUUGAUCUCACUUGUGUAGAUCUAUUCAGUGAUAAAUAAUGGGAUUAAAGUCUGAGUUUAUAAUGCUUUUAGCAUAAUGUGACAUUUUCGCUUUUUUAAUUUUUUUAAUUUAUUUUUUAAGUUUAUACAUGAACAUCGGGGCUAAGCGCAGCUACGGUUUAACUGAAUCUUGCUUUUUAGCCAAAAUCUGUUAUGACUUUAUCAAUAUCUCCAGUCCUAACACAACAUGUUUUACCAACCUGUAAAUGGGGAUAUUGUGCAAUAUUGUUUUUUUAUGCUGUACGUCUUAUAUCUCUGCUCUAUACUCAAGAACUUCAAAUUUCAUCUUAUCUGAGAAAUGAAAUUCUGAAUAAAUGAAAUGUUUGUUGUGAGAGCUAGCUUCAACUGGGUUUAUAGAAGUGCAGUAGAACCCAUUGCUUUGUACUGUUAUCAGGUGACUCCAUGCAUCUAAUUAUUCUGUACCUAUUGCUGCAUUGCAGGAGAUGAGCUGGAAUACAUGAGACCAGCUGUUUAUAGGAACAUUGCCCGGCAGCUCAACAUCUCCCUCACCUCCGAGACAGUGCUGUCUGACGCAUUCCUAGCAGUUGCAGCUGAGAUAUUCACAGCAGGUAGUCACAAAAGGACUGCAGCGCUAGCUGAGACCAGAUUACAUACUGCUUCUGUACGGCAUUCCUGUUAUAUUCAUCACUUUCAGAAACAAGUGUACAUACCCUGGUACAGCAUGACUUCACUCUGUAAUGCUUAAAGGGUUUCUCCAACCCUUUUUCAGUUUUGAUAGAAUAAUGCCAUAUUUGUAUUAUUUUAUCGCUCCCCCAGCAUUUUAAUAAAAACAAGUUGAGAGCUGGAGAACUGUCAGGGCAGUUGCAGUUCUUAGGCCCUAAUAGCUAGGCAUGGAAAUAUAAAGGAGUGGCUGACUAUUUAUCCAGUUUGGCUAUAAAGGACCAGAAUUUGCAAUUUCCAUGGUUAAUUCUCAAAAACUCCAGUUUUUCAUUUUUAUGCAAUUGGUAACAAAACAUCCUAUAAUAAUGGAGGUUAUACCAGACUGUAGGUUUUUUAAUUAUUAUUUUUCCAGUUAAUAUGCAUGGGCAUUUUCAAACGUGCAGAUGCACCAAUCGAUAGAAACAGACAGGGUUUUAUUUUUAUUUACUAAAUGGUGGAUUGUGAUUCCAGUGACUAAGUUCAGACACCAAUAGCCGACUCUGAAAAAAUUGUCCAAUUCAGACACUCUAAAGAUUCUUUCUCCAACUCAACUAUUAUGGCCUAGAUGUAUUUGUUGUCAUAUCAAUACUCUAGUGUGGCUAGUGAGUAAACGAUUAAAUUAUAUGAUCUGUGUUAAAUAAAUCAAAAAAUAGAUAUCAUAGUGCUCUAUAGUGACAUUUUAGAGUUUCAGAAUAGGUUAGAGCACUUCAAAAUAGACUUAUAACAUGUUGGCAUAACUGUUAUUACUGUUCAUUUUGGGAAUAAUGUGGAAACACACAAUUGUGUUGGAGCAGAUGUGACACCAUGUGUCUACUCAUUUAUUAGGUACAAGCUACAUUCAUGUGACAAUUAAACGUGACCCUCUGUUUUGCAGGUAUUACUUGGGGAAAGGUGGUGUCCUUAUAUGCAGUGGCAGCAGGCCUAGCUGUAGACUGUGUCAAACAAUCCCAGCCUGCAUUUGUUCUGACGAUAGUGGACUGUUUGGGGGAGUUUGUGCGCAAGACUCUGGUCACAUGGCUGAAGAGAAGAGGAGGUUGGGUAAGAACUUUAUUCAGCACUUUUUACAUUUCUAAUAAACGCAUUAUGUGGUUUCACAACACAUCAAUAAUAGCUGUUGGUUUGAAUUGUGCUAAUUGUACACUGUCCUCACUCUUAUGAGCAGUUAACUUAAUUUUGCCUGCAUCAACAACUGCAGUCUGACUGUACAUUCACUUUCCAAUAUGACAGUCAUUCUUGUCUGACUGCAUCUCCACUCAUUAACGUGACAGUCAUUCCAGUCUAACCUUACCUCCACUUACUAAAACAGCAGGCUCGGGGUGCCCAAAGGAUAGAUUCCCAAAUAUUUUAAAACUACAACUACCAUGAUGCUUUGCCAUUCUAAACGCAUACCAAAAACAUGCAAAACAUAAUGGGGGUUGUAAUUCUACGACAUCUACAUUUUGGGCACUCCUGCAGUAGGCUAUAUGUCUUUUCAAAGCCAUUAGCUAUAUGCUUAGUGUGUUCUUAAGCCAUGUGUCUACACUUUUAUUUUACUGCCAAUCCAGCAUAUUACCAUUCAGUAUCACCCACUGCUUUGUCACUACACCUCCACCCUUGCUACUGAUCUUGUUCCAAAUCCCACGGCCAUCUGUCACUGCCUUUCUGUGCCCCUUCUGUGCGCCAAGCUAAUGAAAGCCUACACACGUGCACACGUUCUGCAUAAUGUUUACCUUUGAAGGAUAGUAAGGGAAGUGUGUGUUUGCCACCCACUGUAGCUGCCAGUUAGACAGACCAACCAUUGAUAUCUAACUUUUUUUUUUUUUACCGUAAGACAAGGAAGACAGACUCCCAGCAUGCAAAGCACCAUCGUUAUGUGAUUUCUUGUCCUCUUCUCAACACCGUCUGUUUUUAGGCUUCCUGUCCAUGAAUGGUCCCUAUAGUAUUAAAACACAUGGAGACACAAUCACAGCAUAUUGAACUGAAGAACUCUAAAUUCAAGUAAAUCUUAAGCCGGAUUAAGGAACCGUUGACGUAGUUCAGAUACACAGAAUUAAUUGGUAAAAAAGAACCCAGCUUUCUGGUUUCCUGAUAACAUUGAGAUUAUUUAGCUCUAUUUACUUAAGGUCACUUGCUAGCGAGAUGUUAAUAAUAGAAUAUUGUUUCAGAGGGAUAAUACGUCUUCCUGUAAUUUAUUCCCAAGUGAAUUUCUUUAUAUUUAAUUUUAUAAAGUACACCCAUAAAUACAAGGAACCCUUUAAAAACUUGUUCAACUAAACAAAUAAACACAAAUCCACUGCAGAUGAUUUCAAAAAAGAAAGUAGAACUUCAGUAUAAGGAGUGCACGUUCACAGUGAGAGGAGUGAAUUUAAAGGGGGACUAUUACUUCUCAUGACUUUAAUAUUAUGCUUACUUAUUACUUAUUGCUUAUAUUUAACAAAUGUGUUUGUGAGGCAUGACAAAUAAGAUCAAAUAUUAAAAUCAACACUUCUUUAUCCUGCAUCUGAGUGCUUCCAUCAGAAAUUUUGGGGCUCCUUACACAGUUUAAGGCCUGCACCCUUGGAGCUUGCUGCCAAGUUGUCCUACAGGGCUCACCCCUGAAUUCACAAGGAUGAGUAAAGUGGAUGCAGUGUUUUUGUAUAGUGGAUGCAGUCUGUGUUUGUGUGUAUUGGAUGUGGAGUGUAGACAAUGUAGUUUGUAUAUGCAGUGGAUGCAGUGUGCACCUGUAGUGGAUGCAGUGUGUGCAUGUAGUGGAUGUAGUGUGUGCGUAGAGUGGAUGCAGUGUGUGCAUGUAGUGGAUGCAGUUUGUGCGUGUAGUGGAUGCAGUGUGCGCGUAAAGUGGAUUCAGUUUGUGCGUGUAGUGGAUGCAGUGUGCGCGUAAAGUGGAUGCAGUGUGCGCAUGUACUGCAUGCAGUGUGCUCGUGUAAUGGAUGCAGUGUGUGCGUGUAGAAGGAUGCAGCGUGUGUAUAGUGGAUGUGCAGUGUGUGUUUGUGUUAAUUUGUGCAGUUGGAAAGGGGCUGUGGGAGGUGAGCAAUUUUACAAAAUUUUAAAAUUUAUAAUCCAGUUUAUACAUUUCUCCCUACCUCUUACCUGUGGCCAGUAGGGGGGGACACUAGAUUCUUGGGCGGUUUGGUGUCACAGUAGGUUGUAUACUGAAGAGGGGGCCCAGGAGUCUCCAUCUUCCCCCUGCGACAUGCGGCAGGUCCUUUCCCUCUCUCGCAAACCCGGUAUGCGUGUAGUGUGGAGCGUUGCCCUGGCUUCCCACAGCAACACUCUGACAGCUGGGGUUCGCAAGAUGACACUGCCAGAGGUGGAACAUGGGCUCCCUCUUCAGUAUGCACGCCAAAUAUAUAUGUACAUAUACACAAUGGGGGUAUAGGGCAAACAGCUCUAUUGGCUAUACCCUCCUGAUGGUGGCCCUGGCCAUUUGCAACUGCCAGUUGGCACAGAGAAUGCAUAAAGUUUGCCCUGGGAGUAUGAGGCCAGAACGCCUGCCCUCCUUGACCUCUUUCUUUGCUCCAACUAAGGGAGUGACGUCAGCCAUGGAAGAUCAGGCUGCAGGGAGGAGAACUUGGUCUUUGUGUUGGAUCGUGACUUUUAGCUUUGGUUUUCUUUUAUUGAUGAGGGAGACCAGUUCAGCAAGAAUUGCUCUAACCAAACCAGUGUUUAUGAAAACACUUUUUUGGUUGGAGUAAACUUUUAACACAAGUUAUACAUCAUUUUAAUUUUUUUUCAGUAGUUUAAUUUUCGCAGAAAUUAUGGUUAUUCACAAACAAGGGAAAUGAAGAAUAUUUUGAAAGCAGCAUUAUAUGCUUCAAUACAUACAUUGUUAAAGGAUUCUGGUGUCUAGGAAUAAGCUAGCUGGUAAGGUUUUUUGUAGACGUGCUUUACCAAAAUUCUGCUAUAAACAACGGAAGUAGUCAAUACACAUAUGAACGUUCUUGCAGCUAGCUUGUGUCUACACACUGGGACCUGAUAAAUCUAUUAACAAACCUAUUUUAAAAAUAUUUGCUCAUUUAUACAUGGAUAUCCAUUCGUUUGGCACAAGAAUGAGAUUAAUAAGAUUUGUAAAGGAACAAAAUAAAUGUAGUGUGUAGUCAUCUGUGCAUAUGUUUUAUUAAUUGCUCAUACUGAUUUAAUACUAAUUUGGUCUUUGCUUUACAGACGGAUGUCAUAAAAUGUGUUGUGGCCUCUGAUCCUGGGCUGCGAUCCCAUUGGUUGGUAUCCAGCGCUUGCAACUUUGGUCAUUUCCUGAAGGCAGUCAUCUUUUUUCUCUUACGUGAGCGAUAGUGUGCCAUUCUUUUGGAAAAAAACAAACAAACUUUGUCUGCAGACUCAUCUCUAGCUCUGAAACCCAUUCACUGCCUGAUCUUGUGUUGCUGAAGCCAGGUCUCAAACAGACAGUGGUUUGUAAAUGGUGUCCGUCUGAGUUAUGUAAACUCUGGUCUUAAUGUGCAGUGACACACUCCACAAUAAUGGGCCGCUACUUUCAAACCCUUUCUCACCAGGCUUGGUCCUAAAUCGAGACACUUUGCAAUGAGUUUUGCAGGAUAAAUGGCUCCCUGGGAUAUUGCUCCUUCUUAAAACACCAUAGACUUUACGCAGGAACCAUCACUCUUCUCAGCGCUUUGGAUGGACAUGGUUUUGGACAUAAUGUCCACGGUCAGCGUAUGAUGCGGUGGUAUCACGAAACAGUCACAAAAACUGUGGAAUGAUCUUCACACUGUUUGCUUCUAAACUAAAACCACUGCGCCUGUACCUCAUUCUGAAGUACACCAUUGAGGAACUAUAAUAAUGUGUCAUAAUUAAAACGUUAAUUACACUAAAAUGAACCUAUAUAAGGUAUCUGUUGUUUUGCAGAGAUGUUCAAACUUUCAUACAACCUCUACGUAGGAUAAUAUGAUAACUGGAGGGCUGUCUUUUAUUAGAGCAAAACCAUGUGUUAAUGAGUUGAUACAUCAUUGCAAUCAGGUUAAGUUGAACAGGAACAGUUUAUAUGAGCUUACAGUCUAAACUCGAGGACAAGGGUUACAAAAAGGCAUGUUGUGUAGCGAAACGAUGUAUAAUGUUUGCAAAGUUUUUAGCAGUAGAGUAAAAAUGUGAAGUAAGAUUAAACACAUUGGGAGUAUGGGUUGUUUUGCGUGCGAUAAGGGUAGACAAAUUUAGGAAUAGCAAUUACUAGUUUCGAAAUCAAAACUAGUAUUCUUUACAAUUUCUUAAAUGACUGGGGACUACUUCAACAUGGAUGCUACCUUCAACAUGGAUGCUGUCCAGGAAGUAGGAGGGUCUGGGAGGGAGGGUUUGCUGGAGAUUGGCUGGGAUGUGUCAGUUGACCGGAAUUCGCCGCGAACGGUUCGUGGCGAACCGUUCGCGAACCGUUCGCGAGAAGUUCGCGGACGGUUCGCGACAUCUCUACUGGGGACUAGGUGAUAGUGUGAGAGUAUGAGUUAAUGCAAUCCAUAAAAAUGGAACAGAACUUUACAAUCCUCCAGAGCUAGACAUGUGGAUGUGAAUGAGGACAAGCAAAGUUCAUAGUCAGAGUAGAGUGACCGAAAACAGGUCUACUGGUGAACUAGAGAAGAAAAUACAUGGUUACAUGGUUCCGGGGACAGUUACCGAGGGCUUCUAGGUGAGGGUCAGGAUUUCAAAUAGAAAUAUUAAACUACUAGUGGCAAGAUUGAAGACUGAAUGGAUUGAGGAGCAAAAGAGAGGUGAGAGUUAAACAGAGCUUGACGAAGUUAAAGUGAUAUGACAGAAAACAGGGUUUUCCUUGUAAGACCACCCCUCUUCAACUGCACUUCUAAACUAUCGAUAUUCAGUUCUAUCAUUAUUGGAACCCGUCCCAGCACUCUCAGUUUGUUACUGUCAUCCAGGCGGGCAGAAUUGAUCUUGAUAUGAUAAAAUCUGCAAUAUCAAGGCUGCUGAAGAGGGGGAGGUAUAUGGACAAGUAGAGCCCAUUUACUGUCUAACUGCUCUAAAACAGCUUGACCAAACAAAUAAGGCAUAACGCCUAUAAAUUCCCAGUACCAUAACCACUAAACUGAACUGCAGUGGUUAUGGUGUCCAUAGUGCUCCUCUAAAAUAUAACAACAAUUAAGUGAACACGUAGGCUGUGGUUAUUAAUGAUGGCAGCACCGAUCUGAUGGGAAUGUGAUAAAGGAGUGUUAGCUCUUCAGGAAGUAAAGAGAAGAAGGUGUAUUUUGAAAAAAAGGUGGGCAACCAUCCAGUUACAGACAGAAGGAAAGCAUUUAAUGACAUGACAUUUAUGUACGUUUUCACUGUGUAAAUAUAGUGACACAUGGGAAAACCUAAAUUAAUACUUCUUUCAGAACUGCCUUUGAAAAAUGAAUUGUCAGGGUUGUGGUGGGCUGAUAUUAACUGAAAAUAGCUCUCUGGAGCGCUGUGUUAACAAAAGCUGGAAAGCUACCGUAAUUCAAGAUGUGAUCACAGAAAAGAUUUUGGAGAAGAUUUUGCCAGAGUUCCAUUUUUUUCUGUGCCAUGUCUCAUGUUCUUUUUUAUGAAUCCCAAAUUUGUAUGUCUGUAUUUAAUAGGACAGUUCAGUGGCCAUUGAGCUUGCUUUGGAAGUGUUUGUGUAACAAAUAACAAUUUGUUUUUUGCCAAAAUGUGUUUUUUUUUACAAACCAUGUAGCCUUUUUAUUAAAUAUAAAAUGUUCUUUGUCUGUCCAAAUUCGAUGGCUUCAACUGAAAGUUAGCUCUCUGAAGCCCAUUCACAAAAGGCAAAUCCGGUUAUGUAAGCUACAUCUGCACUUCCAUUUGGCUGCCUUCUGGUUAGCUGUUAAAAUCUCUAUUUAAGUUUGCUAACUCGGCUAUACAGAGGCAGCCAAAUUACUGUCAGGUUUAUUUUAGCAGCUAUAUUUUACAUCAAAUACAUUUCAAAUUUAGUUUUCUAUUGGGACACAUACUUGGCUUAAUGUGUUGUAUUUCGAACACUUGGUUUUAAUGUAAUCAACCACCUAGGCUCUCAGAAUUGGUCCUAGCUUUAAAUUGCUACUCAAAAUCUAUUACCGUGGGUAAAUAAACAUUAUGAUUCUCUUGAUUAUGUACGAACAUUACU